AGCCAGAAAAUUCGGUGAUCGAGGACUUUCCAGCGACUCGGUUCUUUUUCUUUUAUUCAGCGGCGAUUCGCUUCCAGUACGAAACUUGAUCGUGGUCGAGCGAAACGAGAGCGGUCCGUGACGAUGAUUAACGUGUUCAUGGUAGACCUUUGACACGAUAGAGAUUGCGUGUCGGAAAAGUAGCAAAUCCUUAGAAUGAUCUAGGGGGAACGGAAUUAAUACGCGACAACCUAUAACGCGGUAAUGGUACUUGUUGCUGAAAGUCUACAUCGAAAGCAUACCGCGAUAAUAUUCCUUUCGUGGGAUUAUACAUUGUAUAUCGAAAAACUAGCAAACACGAUUUAACUUUAAGAUCAGGAUUUGUAAGAAAAGGGUACCCACAACCUAUUAUGGUGCUUGUUGCGGAUCGUUUGGACGAGUCGGUUGUUGAGGAACUAUAGGACUGUGCAUUUGAAACAACGUGACGUAUAAAAGUUUGAUAGUGUUUGUUAAUACGAUUGGAUACGUGGACGAUGUAACUCGGAAUAGGAAUAGUAAGUGCAGGACAAGUACCAUUUGUGGACUCGUAAUAACGAAUAGAAAUUUUAAUUUAAACGCAACGAUUUUAACGCGAUUUUCGUUUCCCGCGGAGGGCGCGCAUUUUGAUUCAUUUUUCACGGGACGGGAGGAUAAAAAUCGUCGUGAAAACGUAGUCUCCGUCAACGCGACGCGAUAAACAAGUCGCGGGGUGCAGAAUCCGCGCCGAUUUAUCGUCGACAACUACGCACCAAAGCUCGCCUUGCAAAUAGAAGCUUCGCGCGACACGUGCGCUCGUUCGACGCCCUCCGAAACUCUUUAAACUUUACGAAUCCGUAUAAACGUCUAUAAUUUUCUCGAACGCUCUAACUUCGAAAGAUUUAAAUGAGAAUAACUAAAAAUAUAUCGAGUUUCGUAAUCUACCCCUAUACAAAGUUACAGUUAAAUCGGAGUCCGGAAGAUUUCGUACUCGGGUUGUUAACGAAGAAAAAGUUCCGGGCGUGGGUGUAAAUCCGAACGCAAACUUCCCAAUUUUCCGAAUUCAUCGUCAUCGAUUGCCAUGCGCUAGUUUAUCCGUCCUUGGGACGUCGAGAAGCAGGGAUAAAUCUUCUCUAGGGUCCCUCUAGCACGGCCAGAAGAAACUUCGAAACGUCGCUGUCAAUUUAAGCGCGAGAUUCGCAAUUUUUAGAAAUUUAUCGCCGUCGAUUGCCACGUAACGGGUUAUCUGAUUCUGGAACGUUGAAAUCCUGCACGGAAUCGCCCCGGAAAGUUCCCUUUGCUCGAAUAAUUUGCAUUCGCCGCAUUCUUUCCAGCACGUCAGAAAAUUCGCGAUCUUUCGAUCGAUGCGAGUCAAUUUUUGCGAACGAUUAAUUUACUUCUGCGAUCCGUUCGUCCUCAAAUAAAUGAUUUACACGCGUUUGCGAAGACCGCAGUGUAAUUUUCUAUCGAUUUGAAAGUUCGCACUUUUGCGUAUAUCCUCUUUGCCCCCGCGUCCUUGCUCCGGUCUUGGUCUUUUCCUUUUCCGCGAUGACGACGUCGCUUUAGUGCCUUUGAUUUUCGUUCGCGUCCGAAAAUAACGGCGUGUUGUAUGGAUACGCGUACCCACACGAGCCUACGUGCAAACCGAAGCGUUACGCACGCGACAAAGCGAGCGAACGCAAACGACUCGUCGCCAUUUUCGGCCUGAAAACCAUUUGCGAUCUCGGUGGUGCAUUUCUUCCUGACUCGUGCAUCUCCAUCAUAAAACCGUGUUUACUAGACUCGAUUAUUUGGAAACAGGGUGCAAUUGUACAGUUAUCAUUUGAAAUAUAAUAAUUAACCCUCGUCCAGCGGAUUCUGGGUCCAUUUGGACCCGUGGGAACAGUUCGUUUCAGUGUCGUGAAGUGCUAGUUUUUAUUUACCAGAGGAUGUACAAAUAUAUACUAAAGUACGAAUUCAAUUGGAAACCUUUUACUGGAGCUGGGAAUAAUAACAUUCAGAUUUGGAUUUAAAUGGACCCGCUAAGACGUUCGAGGGUUAAAAUACGAGUACGUGGAAACUCGUAAUCUUCUCUAUUCUGGCUAGAAUAGAAGAAUACUUGUGCACCGCUGGAAAGGCAUAAAACAAAUUUGUUUACACUGAGUUUCAGUUAAAGGGGUGGUGUUGUAGAACAAACGAAACUUUUUCGAAAGACGUUUUCCUUUCGCGAGCCACGAUCAAGUUUCUCAACGAAAUCGAUAAAUCGUCAAAUCGGGAUCCGUUUUCUCGCAACAGAAUCGACCGUUUAAGGAUCGGAAGCUAGGAUCCGAGCAGGACGCAAGGAGGGAGCCGAUAAAUUCAUCAGGAAAAGAGUCAACGGGAGAAAGCUGAGCGAAUCUGUACUCCGAGAGCCCGAAGAAAGAAUCGAGAAUCGAUAGAUCGAAGGGUCGGCGGAGAGUUUUGCGCGGGAAAGGCGAUAAAGGAGGAGAUCGAGCCGACUCGGGUCGGUUCGUCGGACUGAUCCAGGCGAAACAGAGGGGAGGGGAAUAGAGAGAGAGACUGUCGGUGGUGCAGAUGAGGCCACGAUCAAUCUGCGACAGGGUGGCGGAGGAGUAUUGCGACCCUGACGGUUGUUACUGCGAGAAUCGGUGCUUCUGACAGCCGGACGGCAGGAGGGACAGACAGACGGAUGAGUUCCAUCCAUUCAUUGAGGCCCUCCUACCAUUCGUGAAGUCUUUCUCGUACACGUGGUUCAACCUACAAGCUGCCAAGAGGCGUUACUACAAGAAGCACGAGAAGCGGAUGAGUCUCGAAGAGGAACGCCAGUGCAAGGAGGAACUCCAGAACGAGAAGCUGGAGGUGAAACAGAAAUGGGCCUCGCGGCUUCUAGGAAAAUUACGGAAAGAUAUCACGCAGGAGUACAGAGAGGACUUUGUACUGAGUAUCACGGGGAAGAGGCCAGCCAUGUGUGUCCUCAGUAAUCCUGAUCAGAAGGGUAAAAUGCGUCGGAUCGAUUGCCUGCGUCAAGCAGACAAGGUAUGGAGGCUGGACCUGGUAAUGGUGAUCCUCUUCAAGGCAAUUCCGUUGGAGUCGACGGACGGGGAACGGCUGGAGAAGACUGCGGAAUGCGCUCAGCCGGGCCUCUGCGUCAACCCCUAUCACAUCAACGUCUCCGUCCGGGAACUCGAUCUCUACCUCGCCAAUUUUAUCACCAGCCACGAGGUCCUAAACGGCAUCUGCAACGCGAGCAAGGAGGAGGAAAGGCGGCGAAAAGGUACAGGCUACCACGAACUAUAUAACGGUGUUGUCUGCAAUGACACGAUCCUUGCGACGGGUGUCUUCAGCUCCAAGGAGCUCUGGAUGCUUUCAAAAGCGUCCAUACUGCAUGACCUCAGCGACAUGCAGCCUCAAAUAAACGCGAUCAAAAUAGAGCACCCGCCGUACUACUGCAGCAGCUACACCCCUCCGUCCGCAGCCACGGCCGCGGAUCAUGCUCAGCCAGCGGCUAGCUUCAGCCCGCCGCCGGUGCACCAGCUCAUAAGGAACGACAAGACUGAAAAGCCCCCGACCGUUUCCGUUUCGAGCGCGCCAACCUUCUCGCCGGUCCUCAGGCCCGAGGACGGCCAUCGUGGAAUGGACUCUCCGCAUUCGCAAACGGGAUUGCACUCACCGCACGAAGGACUGGCCGGCGGUUCCGGUCAGAGUAUGUCCGGGCUCGCCUACUACCAGCCGGAGCACCCUGCCUCCGCGGGGGUGGUCAAGUACCCCGAGAACGGUCACGACACCCUCUCGGAUUUCGUGACAUUCGUCUGCCAGGAGGCCGAAAAUACUCAGCAACUGCCCCAGGCGCAGCUAGCUGGACCCCGCACUGGUAUACAAAAGUUCUCACAGUAUUAUCCGAGCUCGAUGCUACCGCCGCCGCCCCCAGCACCGAUGGCGAGGCCGGUGGCCAUAAUCAGGUCGACGGGCGAACUGACGGCCGCGAGCUCCAACUCGCCCCCCACGUCAUCGACCUCGCCGACGGACCCCUCGGAGCUAGCCUCGAACCAGGAACAAAUGGCGGCUGCGGUGGGCCUGGUGGGCUCCGGUUGCCAGACCUCCGUCGAUCCUGCCGGCAGGAAGAGCCCCGCCAGGAUCCUCGUCACAGCACCCCACACCAGCCGGGAGUACACCUUUGCUCACUUCCACUCCCAGCCUGGACAGCAAAUAUUCACGUAUCCCACCAUCGGCUCCAUGUCGGGAGUGAUCUCGCCGACGAACCUCUCCCUGUUUUCGUCCCCCGUGUCGGUAACGAGGCCGGUGGCCACCCAGAGAUCGGUCUCUAACGUGCCUCCGCGCUGGAACACCGCACCCUUCAUCAACCUGGAGGAUGACUACAACAUGAUCGCCCCGAUCAUCACUGGAACUGCCAGCGAACCACCAUCCGCCAUGGACGAAGAACGAUACUUCCACCCGGUGCAUACGAGCAGCGUGGUGGACAAAAGCGGCGGUAGCCUGAUGGGCGCCGAGCUGGGCGUGACGGGGGAUCCGACCUCCCACCAUCAUCAGUCCCAGCAGCCCCAGCAACAGCAGCAACAGCAGCAGCAGCAGCAACAACAACAGUCACAGCAGCAGCAGCAGCAGCAACAAGUGAUGCAAGACAAAAGCGGCCGACCAAAGUCUCCCCCGUGACACUGGAGGCUCAGACCGGAAAGUCUCGAGAAGCUCGCAUGUUCCACGGGGUCGUUACUCACCACCGCGUACGAUAAUAACCCUGAGCCGGAUGGGAAUCGCCAGGAUUCCUCGUGUCGUGUUCAGCUUCGCGACUUAAGCCCGCGGAGAAUCGAGUGCCUGAGAGUCUGAUCGUAGUGUAAGUCGACGCCGCUGGGGGAUCGAGAGACUUCCGGCGUAACGAACCAGUCUGCCGGUGGAGGGCCUCGACUGCUUCCUGGGCGAACACUGGUGCCGAUAAAUGGCGCGUCGGUCGAGCCUCGCCGUCGCGGGGCAAACUCUUCGACCCUCCGGGAACUUUUGCUUCGAACGGCUCCACGAACAAACAAAAAUUAUUGGUUUUCUCAAUUGUUACCUAACACAGUACGUUGCUUAUGGACACACCACUUUGCUUAUCUUGCCCAAUCAAAGGUUAACUAACCCUUCGUCAACGAUCGAUACCAUUUUUCUGCACGAAACAUUCUCUGCUUAACGGUUUAACUUUGACCCGGACGAUCGUUUUUGUACGUCCAUAACCAACGAAAAUGUUUACGCGUUCCCGCGGUAUCGUUUAUUGUCCGAGAAAUUAAAUCGAACGCAGACCUGGUCUGUUCGAAGGAUCAGUUCGUACCACGGAGGGUUAACCUUUCGGUCAAUUAAUUAUUACUGUGCUCGUCGAAGCGUCGACGCGAAGGUCCUCCGCCACCGGAAGCGUCCUUCUUCUCCCUCAGUGCGAUAUAUAAUUCGUAACUCUGUCUCUCUAUCUCUCUAUCUCUCUCUCUCUCUCUUUCUCUUAAGUGUCCUCGAAAGGACGUGAGUAAGGACCCCAAUUUUCGUCUCCGAUCGUCGCCGAUCGAUCCCGUCGACUGGACCAUAGACGAUUUAACAAACAAAAAAAAAACGGAACUCUUAGAGAAUCAUCGUUUCCCGCGAUUUUGAUAACGAUGUGUCCUAUUCUUCCUGCUUCGAAGCCCUUCGAGAAUAAUAAAGAAAAAAAAAAGAGCGUUUUUGUACAUACACGCGGCCCGUUCGUUGCAUCCGGAUUCGCGAGCGAGGUAUUUUGUAAAAUUUUAGAGGACUUUAGAAUAGCGAACGACGUACACAGAAACAAAACCACACACAGAGAGAACACGAAUCCGCGCACACUUCGGGAAAAGGUAUUAGCGAACAGAGAUUAAAAAAGAAAAAAAAAAAAACUAAAUAAAACGAGACGACAAGGAAAAAUUUCUAGUGCCAAUCGAGUAGCUUAUAAAUAUUAUAACGAAAUUAUAAUUUUCUAUUAUAUUUUUUUAUAAUAUUUAUGAAGGAACACACACGCUUGUUUAGACGCGACAGUGGGGAAGGUGUUUAGUCGGGACGCGACGGAAGCUUCUUCUCGGUGAUCGAGCGUUUAUACGAAAAGGAAAAAAAAUGAAAAUAUAAAAAAUAAAGAGAAAUGGUCGAGGGGAACCGAUCGACGAGUCGGUCAAAAGUCUAACCGGUCCAUGAACCACGGAUAACAAUAAUAAUUAUAAUUAUAAUAAUAAUAAUGGUUAAUAACUUUAUAAAAAAAAAAAUGUAUCGUUAUAAUCGCCUAAUGCUCAGGCUAGUGCUAACACUAGUGAACAGAGAAACAGAGAUGAAAAGACUAGUGUGGACUAGUCACCAGAGGCUGCUAGUUAGAAACAAAGUGAAUAUUUAAUAUUGAUUACUUGGUAAAAUUAAGCGGUUAAACUAAUUUACGGGAUACGUUAAUAUGUUGGGGGGGCGGCGCGUCAGGAGGACGACGAAGAUGGAAGCCGACAAAGCGGAAAUGGAGGAUGUGCAACGAAAACAGUGAACGAAUACACGGGACGCAAAGAGCAAUUCGAGAUAGUGAGAGAUUAUCUAUAGUUCUAUUAAUUAUUAGGAAUUUAGCGCGCGUCAUGGAUUAUCGCGCAGCAUCAAACUCGACGACAACGAACGAAGCUCCUAAUUAUUAUUGUCCAAAGUGCUUUCCGUCGACCGUGCGUUAAACAAGGGUGUCCGACGAUGAGAUACUAAUUUUGGGAUCGCACCCUUCGGCUGGCCGAUUAUCCAGAAAAUUCAAUAACCGAGUAUCGAAGCAAAUGCCGUGCUUCGAGGUUCCACACUCGAAAAUUCCCAUCUUUGAUAAUUAGCUUCGAAACGAUCCAAUAAAGAUGGCCGUUGAAAGUUCAACGCGGAACAAUUCGAUUCUAGUCAAAAUUGCUCGGAUCCGAGGGACGUACAAAUAUUUGGCAGUCGAAGGGUCCGGAAGCAAGCACGAAGGGCGACCUGUCCAGUUUGUAACUCCUAAGAUAUCCACUCUGGAGGAACCCCUAAUUAAAAUGCGCUUAAUGUACUCGCUAGACGGCCGGGUAGUUUCGAGGCGGUUCUUCUUGGGUUUGUAAAGUCACUUCCCCGUUUUUCUCUCUUCGAGUGAGAUUGAAAGGGUGUGGCAAUCUCUUACCCAUUAUCGAUAAACGCAUAAUACAAUGUUUGAAAAAGUUAAGGAAACAUAUGCUGCGAUUGUUCUCGUAAAAAAUUACACUCAAGUUUUAUCAAUUUACUUUUUUCGCGUUCUAAAAAUUUGAUAGAUCCUUCCAUUAAAAGUAGGCAAAGGGCAGCCGGAAAUGGAACUAAAGGGAAUGUAUUCGGAAUAAAUGGGAUAAUGGGGAGAAGGUUGGCACCCUGAUCGAUCGGUUCGUAGUGAUAGUACAAAGAUCGAGCGUAGCAAUAUCGGUAAUAGCAAUAACGAGCGUCGAUAAGGAUCGACGCGGUGAUACAACGUUACUAUUCCUAUAACAAUGCUUAUACCGCUAUUAACGCUAUACGAUGCAACGAUAAUACCGCUGCAACUAUUGUGAAUACUACGAGGAGACUACUACUAUUCUUAUCUACUACUGUACCACAAUUACCACCACCACCAGCGCCAUCGACGUCAGCACCGCCAUUAAAACGAGCGAAACAACUUUAAACAUCACCACCACCACUACUCUACCACUACUACUACUAUUACUACUACUACUAACUACUACCAGCGCUAUUAUAAAACUUUAAACACUACUAUUAUUACCGCUACUCUACUAUUAAUUGUAAAAGCGAGAGGAAAGGGACACUAUCGCAUACAGCUGUUACUAUUACACCGCCUAAUCACUAAUAACGUCGAUACACCAGUUACCGCGGAUCGGGGAGGAACGCUACUAUCGCUAACUACCACUACUAAUUAACUACUAAUUGCUUUACAACUAUGGUUACUACGGGAGAGAACGAUUGUUAAUGUAAAUAUUCUGCGCUAGAGUACGUCGACUGCGCGAAGGUGACGUCACCCUAAAUCGUCGUUCGAUCGUUCGCGUUGCAAGAUGCGACACCCGCUAAAUCUCAAACCGCAACUUUCUGUCGGAUAUAAAUUAAUUCGAGGGCAACCGAUACGUUAAUUUUGUAAAAAGGGGUUAAACUACGUUGGGAGUACUUCGUGUCGAUGUUUGGAACGCGAACGAUUUGCAAGAUGGCGUCGGUGAUUCGGCCCAAAACGUAUAUGAUAGUUAUUAUUACGCACACGGGCAGGGAGACGCGAGAACAAAUUCUAGAUCGAGCACACUAGGUCCGUUCGAUCGAGGAUCUCGAUCCCUCGGCGGUACGUUUUCGUCAAAUUAUUAUUCCCUUCCGAAAAAGGAGAAUUGGUUUUCGAACAAUUCAAAUUCAGGAACUUUUCUUAGUCGAGAGAAACGAAACUUUGCGCUGUUCAAUUUGAUUCGAUGGUAGCAGGGAGGGUGAAGAAAAAGACGGUCGAGGGAUCGAUGGAACGAUCGCUAUAGAUGCGUAAGGAAUUUUAAUACUUUCCUCGAUGCCAAUAUGGAUUGCAACGAGUCACCUCGUGUUCUAAUUUUUGUUAAACGGGGACACCGACGAUUACGCGUACUAAAUUCACGGGGAACUAUAACGAAACGAAACCAGGGUGGUUCGGGAUACGUACACGCUGCGAACGCUCUUUUCUCGCUGAUUUUAGUUCGUCGUUCGAGGCCCGAUAAUUACGAAUCGAGUGUUCCUUCGAGUGUGUUCAUUUAGAGGAAGAUCCUGGCACAGAGGAUACCAGCCACGGACAGUUUAGAACUAUAGUCUUCCUUAAAAAAAAAAGUAACAACGCUUUAAGAUUUAAAUAUAGUCGAUUAGAACUUCGGAUAGAGUAUAGCACGUCCAAGAAAAUUUGUCUCAUAAUACAAACAUAGAGUAUCGGAUACAUUUGCUUCCUACUCUGUGCCAGGAUUCCGGGCUGUAAAUAUACAAAUAACCACGAAACGAUCCGCAGAUCACGAAGCAAUACGCGAUUCGAAGUCGAGACGGAGUGAGUUGGCCGCUCAAGGUCGCCAGGGGGCUCUGCCCCACCACUCCGCUCCCCUUUGCUCCGCCCCCCGGAUCAGUCGCCCCGGACCUUGGCGGACGAAUCGUCUCCGUCCCGAUUACGGAACACAGCGGCUAUCGGCGUACGAUUCUAAAGAAUAGAAUAGUGUGCCAAUUAGGGUAGAAACGAUUGUAAAGUAGCUUUAGGUCUUCCCGAUGAAGGUGCAAGGUGCUUUUAGGAAAAAAAAAAUGAAGUAAUAUUACGGCGAUUCGAAUGAUCGCCGACUCGCGGUCACGUUCUCGAUUUGUCGCGCGACGGAGCUGUUUGCUCCCACCCUACCAGGUUUCCGCUCAAGGCGAAGUCCCGUUCGAAGCAACGUCGAACUCGCGUCGCGGUGUUUUUCCUCGGGGCAUCCACCGUAGCAUUUUGUAUAGCGUCUCGAGCUGCCUUGAACCGAAAGUGCAUUAAAAAAUCGCCCGCACCGCCUCUGGGCCGGGAACUACCGCGCGAAGGAGCCGCUUUCUAGCCUGACCUUCGCUAUUAAAAUUAAUCAAACGGUUCGUAGCAUUUAUAAACGUCUACUUGUUUAGAAACUCUCACGUUGAGCUUUACAUUGUAUUAAUAAUUGAGGUCCCCACUCAUUGAAAAGGGAUCGCUACCAGUGAAACAUUAGCAGUACGACGAUGGUCGAGUUGGUAAGACGACUGGUCAGUAAUUCGAAGGUUGUCGGUUCGUUCGAAUCCCCCCGGUUCCUCGCUUCUUCGCGUUUUUUCACGGUUCUAACAAUAAUAAUUCUCGUCUCGAUUUCUAAGGGCCCAAGGCGGUAAGAAAACGAUCCUCCACCGGCGAGCGGAAGUGCCCCGCAACCGGUGGCGGUGCGCGCGAGGACUUUUUCUACGUAAGAUAGAUUUUUCUCUAGUAGAGUCGGGGAGUGGUAAUGGCGAGGCAAGAGGACUCGUGAAUUAGCGAAUAAAAAGCCUGAUGAUCGGGCUCUCUCUCGAGGGUGAAAAACGACUCGAUAUAUCCCGGGCCACCCACGCUAAACGGGGCGAACGCGCAAAUCGCCUAACCGUCAGAUCUUUUUGCCCCUUCGAAGUACCCGCGAAAAUAUUCGGGGGCGGGAAAGAGGAGUACUUUUAGUAAAGUUCUGUAACCGAAUAGUUUGUGUAGACGGGGGGCGAGAAUCGAAGAAGCGUCGGUAAAACGUGCAAUUAAACGGGAAGUCGAGGAACGCUCGAAGUAUGAAAAAUUUUGCUAGAACCUAAGCGCUCGCCGGGAACUGAAGAUUUACACUGUAAACACGCACGCGCGUAGCCGACGAAACGAUUUAUUUAACGUAGGGGGUAUUAUAGCAAAGACGGUAAUUGUUUUCGUGUUUUUUCUUUCUAUUUCUGGGCGGGGAGAGUCGACGGUGAGUUAUUCUGUAACGAGCGAAAGAGACAAAUAUUGUUAAAGAAAAGAUUUCGUUUUAAGUGCAUGCUAAGCGCCUGGCUACCGGGUGUUAAAGUUACCGAAUCCGCGAUGCGUUCAGGGGGCAUUCUUAUCUGGAGACGUAGACUUUAGGCGAGGUUUAAAAGAAAGAAUUGUUAUAUAUAUCAUAGAGCAAGGAUUCGACAAUUUUGUUUUCCAUGCGUUUAGUCAUUUUUCAAGGCAAAUGGCUUCCAUAGCUAAAAACUAAAGAUAAUAGUAAAGGCGAUAAUAUAAAAAUUUGACUGCGUUAUCUAGAAACAUGACCAAACAUGUAUGCAAAGUUUCAGUACUAUUGAUUCAUAAUUAUAGAAGAUGCUUUAUACCAAAUAUCGCUAUAAAAACGACGGUUUCGGAUGAGAAUACCCCUGGGGGUACUCUGUCCUAGACACAGUUUCCUUCUUUGUGAUUUUCAUGUUAUUUAAACUAUUAUUUUAUAUUUCAAGCGUUUGUUCGUUAGAAAGGAUAUAACUAUGCCUGGAUCUAGAGAAAAAUCAAAAUGUUGAUACAUCAAAGAAUAGUAAAAGUCAAUAUUUUUUAAUAUCCCUAUUUUGGGCAACGAAGACACGUUUGCUGAAGAUUCCCUCCAAAUUUGAAGUCGAUCGGAAUACUAGAUCUUGAAAUAUCGUGCCGGUCAGUUGAAAAAAUGGGGUUUCGGAGAAAACUCGUUUAAAGAUUUUGCACCAAACGUAUUCAAACCUCUUCAACUUCGUUAUUUUUUGGGUUUAAAGUACAUUACUUUGUACACAGAUUUUCGAAGUUCUAGGCCAGAAUACCCCCUUAGGAGAACUCGGUACGAAUAUAGAGUGCACGCGAGGCGCAAGUUCAGCUACGAGAAUAACGAUAAUAAUAUAAAAAAAAAUCUAACGAUACCUAACUGAUAAUUGUAAAACGAGAGCGACUACGGCGAUAACAUAGUGCGAUUAUUAUUACUAUUAACUACGGCAAUACGAUGAUAUACAUAUAUUAUAAUGAAAUACAAUAUAUUUAUCGAAUAUUUAUUGAGCAAACGAAAUAGCACACUGUGUAGUAUGGUUGUACAAAGUAGGCGACGAGGCGAAAACGCGCGAGCGAUUUCUUUCUUUGUCUUUUUUUUUCGGUCAGACGAUGGCACGGGGGACUGCGGGGGUGUGCAAAGGGGGCGAUCGUUACUAAUUUGCAAGUCGAUGCUUUUGCAAAUAUCCAAUUUUCUCCCCUUAAUUUUCACAUUCAUUUCCUCUUUUCAAAAAUUCUUAUCGCCUUAACACUUUGACGGCCGCUGUCACGUAUACGUGACUUUGCGAGCUAGCAGACGUUGGCCACUGUCACGUGUGCGUGAUCUACCGUAUCAGUCACCAUUUCAUCGUACAUUCAACUUAUUACGUUUGUUGAGGUUACAUUAUAACAAUAUUCCCAGCAUCUUCGUGUAUCUCACUUUGGUCUACAAUAUCAGUGGUGACGGACAACGUCUUCGCGUGAUAGGUGCGGCCAUUAAAGUGUUAACAUUGCUGUUUAAUUUCCACGAACAUCCUUUUUCCUUUCAAGUUGAAAUUCUGAAUCGUGCAAUCGGUUCUUACGAAAUUUGCCGUGUUGUCGACACACCCCUGUGCACAAACCCCCGAAACGUGACUGGGCCGCGAUUAUGCGAAUACGAGAGAACGCAGGACACGGCGAAGAGCAGAAGCUGAGGACGCGAGCGUCGCGUCGCCCGCGUGGAGCGGCCCGGUGCUCGCGUGUAUUUUCGUCUCACGAUCCUUUUUUUUACGAUUGUGAACGAGGUUCAUGUUAUAUAUCAGGGAUUAGACUAAAUAGUAUAAUACGCUGCGACGGGAGGUGGCAAGAAAACAAAUAACAAGAGGAUAAUUAACGAACCGAGAGUGGUUGGCCUUUUUUGGGGUGAGGCGGGACGAGGGGAGGACCGUGACAAAGGUGGUGAUAGUGGUAACCGGAAAGGGACGAAACGCACGAUCGCGUCUCCGUAAAAAGACGGAUUGCUUUAUCCUCUCAACGAUUUGUUUGCCAAAUAUUACCGGUGAUAACUGUAAUUACCCACGGCCCGAACAGAGAAUAUUUAUCAGCGAUUUCUCGUAUCGUUUCCAGUUCCUCUUCUCCAUCGAUUACCAAAUAAUAAUCCAUCUCUAUCGAUGCCUUCGAUAAGGUUAUGGUUGUUCCCUUUCUACGGAGACGCGUGGCUUGUCUGAUCGUCGAGACUUAAUGCUUAAGAGAAACUUCUUGUGAUAAGCGUGGGGAGACCUCCGCCCGCGGUGUGGGGGCUGUAGAAAACCAAAAGAAAAAAAAGAAAAAACGAAAAAAAAAAAUAAACGAUACAAACGAAGAAGUUAAAAAGGGGAGAGAAACAAA